UGAUGUCUUCCGUCGAUUUCGGACAUAUUGUCGACAAACAUAAGGAACUGUUCGUUAAGGAAGAGUUGUGUUCACUCAUAGCGUAUAUCAACGCCGGGGUAUUACCGAAGACACGGCUGCCAUUCAAUGCCAGACUUCGAGAGCCCACUGAGUCGUUGCUAUUCAAUACAUACCAACAGAUGUGCUGUCCAUCCAAACAGCCGUCGACCGCGUGUUGUUCUCCGACCACUCCAUUGGAGUAUCAGACGUACUGUUUGUGUCAGUCUUAUACAAACUGUGGAUUCAAUGGUUCCGUAUUGAUGUCUCCGAUGAAUACAUCGUAUUUGCCAACUCUAGCGCCACCGCCUUUACAGCCGUAUUCGCCCAACUUUGGUGGCUAUGGACGCAAAGUAUCCGUUCAGACAUCACCUCCGGGCUUUAAAGAGAGAAAACGAGUCCCUCUGACCAUAACUGACCCGAAAUCU